AUGGCACCUAAAUCAAUCUUCAGAGGUCCAGAUGCAAAACAUUAUGCAGUCGUUCAUAGAUCUCAACGUGAUCCACUCAUCAAUGACCCAGAAGCAGGUGAUCGAGUUUUGUACGAAGUCGAAAGACCAAAUGAAAUUAAAUCAAAACGAAAACAUCAAGGUCAAUCUAGAUCUGAACUUGAAUCUUCCCUUGGUUCACAAACCACUUCAAUCAGACCUAAUGUAGGAGAAGCAACCAUGUAUGAUAUCUUUUAUGAUGAUUCAGAAUACGAUUACAUGCAACAUUUAAAACCAGUAGGAGUCUCCAAAGAUGCAAUCUUACUUAACAAACCAGAAGCACGUCAGGAAAAACCCAAGAGCUUUGGAUUACGAGAAGAAAAUCCAUCAUCAGCUUCAUCUUCAUCAUCAAGAUUACCCAACUCAGUUUUACCUACACCUAAUGAACAAAUCUUAUCUUACAAAGAUCACUUGGAAUUCGCUUUACCUUCUAAUUCUGCUUUAUCAGAUGGACUGAUACCUGCUAUAAAUGAUCCAUCGAUUCGUGAGAUUAUGGAAGCACUUGAAGAUGAUGCGUUUGUAGAGGAAGAAGCCAAUGAUGCGUUUUUCGGUCAGAUUGUAAAAGAUGGAGAACGGGAUGAUGGAGAUGAACCUGAAUGGAUUAACGAAUUAAAAGAUCAACCUGUUGAACUUACUCAAUGGGAUAGAACUGUUGGUCAAUUUAAACAAUCUACAAAAGAACGUCAAGUAUCAGAUGAUGGUAGGUCUGAUGUAUCUUCAAAUGAUCAAGAUCAUCUUCAAUUCUCAAGGUCUGGAAAAGAUGUUGGGAAGAAGAAGUCAGGGUCAAGUCAGUUUGGUAGUAAGGCAGGAUCAGCUUUUAGUAUGAGUAGUUCAGCAAUGUAUAGGAAUGAAGGAUUAUCUAAUCUGGAUGAUCGAUUUGAUAAGAUUGAAAAAGAAUAUGAAGAUUCAGAUGAAGAUUCAGAUACAGCAUCCGAAAACUCAAAUCAAACAGCAACACCUAAUACGAUGUAUGAAGAAAGAGAAGAUUUUGAAGAGAUCAUGAAUGAUUUCUUAGAUCGAUUUGAAGUAUUAGGAGGAAAGAUGAAACCGAUUUUAAAAGGUAAAACCCCAUUAGAGAAAUUAGAUACCUUACGAAAAGAGAUUUUGAUUGAAGAUGAAGAUAGGGAUGAAGAUUUAGAAAGAAGAUUGAUGAAAGAGAAGAUCUUGAUUAGAUUAGAUGAAGAAGAAAAGAAAGAGAUGAGAAGGGUGGUGAAAGAAACCGAAGUACUUGAGUUUGAAACUAUUGAAGAUCGACAUAAUAAAUGGGAUUGUGAAAGUAUUUUAAGUACAUAUUCUAAUGUUGAAAAUCAUCCACGAGUUAUACGGAUUAGAGAUACAUUAGAUCAUGUCAAAAAACAAACUGAAGUAGCUACUAAAGUUGAAAUCGAUCGGUUAACUGGAUUUCCUGUCGUUAAUGGUCAAAUCGUUCGUGGUACCAUCAACACCCAAGAAACAAAAGAUGACGAAGAAGAAGAUAGUGAUGAUGACAGUGAUGCAGAAACAAGUGUACCUAUUAGAGAAACGAUUAAACGUGAUAGGAAUGAAGAUAAGGAAUCUAAAAAACUAAGAAAAGCAGAAGUUAAAAUGGAACGUGCUGCAAGACGUCAAGAGAAAAAGAAUACAAAAGUGAGCUUUGUAGAUGAAAGAAAUAAACAACAAAAGAUAGCACAAAGAUUAGCUAUUAGGAAAGCUUCUGAUGUAGCUGGUUUAGGUGGAAAAUCAAUUGUGGCUUUAUUAUAG